AUGGAAUCAUCAUCAUCAACGUAUUGGACGCCGGAGCAAAACAAGCAGUUUGAGAAAGCGUUGGCGCAAUUCGACAAGGAGACGCCGGAGAGAUGGCAAAACGUAGCAAGGGCAGUUGGGAAAUCGGCAGAAGAAGUGAAGAAGCACUACGAAGUGCUCGUGGAGGAUCUCCGGCGGAUUGAAUCGGGUCGGGUUCCCAUUCCUAACUACACAACUACCGCAAACAAGUAUCAUCGCUACCGUAGUAGUGGCUAA